AUCAUUAUUGAAGUGCAGUUUUGGCUGUUGACAAUGGAUAGGCCAUUGUAUUUAUUGUUUUUGGGUCUUUUUUAUUGUUUUUGGUGCAACAUUUUCUAACAGGGAGUGAGAUUCCUUUUUUAUUCAAUUUUUGUUUGUUAUUUUUAUUCAUUUAGAAGUUCUGGUUCUGGACAUUUCAAUGUUAAAUGAAGGUUUAUUUGUUGCAUUUUAAAGGGUGUACUUGCAUUAUUAUGAUAUAUUAACAUUAUAUUAGUGGUUAUUUUGGUCUAGAUAAUGUUGACAAUAUCGUUUAUCAUCAACAAUUUGUUGGACAAAAUAUCGUCCAGCAAAAUUUGUUUCUUUCCCAGGCCUAGUCAAAAGUAUAAAAAUUAUUUAUACAUAAACGGUCCCUCCUGAGAUCUGGCCGUUUGUUCAUUUGCUGUGUUAGAGGACAUGCUGAACUAAUGUUUUACACAUGAUCAUCACCCUAACAUUUGAGUGUAUAAAAACAUAUUAAAUAUGUUUUUUCCCUUAAAAGUGUUUAAACAGUUGUUGCAUUUCAACACACAAAAAAUAAAUGGAAAAAAUAAGAUAAAUCUAAUGAAAAGUGUACAUCUUUGACAUUAAGCUUAAAAAAAUCUGUUGACGAUGAUGAUACUGUUCAUUUUUCAGAGCUUUUUAAUGUGAAAAUAUACAUUGCAAUAGAUAAGUUUACAAUAAAGUUAAAUGAUAAAAGUUUUGAAGUUACACUUCUACUACUACUACUACUAGUAAUAAUAAUUAUGAUGAUAAUAGUAAUAAUAAAAAAUAAUUAUUAUAAUAAUACGAACAAAUUGUGUCUGAGGAGUCAGUUAUGUGGAGGAGAUGAGUUUGUAAAAGUUAGUUUUGAGUAUGUUUGUGAAGGAGGAGGUGAGUCUGAGCUUAAUGCAGGGGUGUCACAUGUCCAACUUACGUUUUGACUUUGAAAGAAGUCUUAUAUCCACUUUUCGUUUUCUUGACAUGCUGCCUCCUGGCUGUGCCUAACUACCAAAGACUCACAAAUGAACACUUAUUCAAAUGUUAUGUAGCGUCUAGUUGACGAUGUGACUCAGUACCGGUGUUCCCUAGCGGCUCCAAACUAGCAAAACAACGUGAGCACGUUCUGACUGUUUACAACUUGAGUGACAGCAGCAACAGCCAAUAAUACGUUAGCAAGUAUCAGCAGAGCCAAUAGAUUAGCUUUUGGGCGGGUCUAAUAGUAAACCGGUUUCCGUUUCGGUCCUAGUGCUCAACCAAAUCCAUUUAAUGGAGCGUAACAUUGAUUUUGGACGGAAAAAAGUGCAGGGGACCAAAACUGCCUUUUGAAAAAGUGGGGGGGACAUGUCCCACCCGUCCCCCCCCAAAAUUACGUCCCAGUGGCUACACGUCCAUGCAACUGCUGCAACCCUGACAUGCAGCUGCGGAGCUCCUGGGUCAGAACAGGAAGGCUGGCUUCUCCUGCAGCACUCUCACCAGAGGCAGGUAAGGAAGGGUCUUGUCUCUGGGUUCUUCCUGCUGGGUCAGACAUCUUGGUGGAGUUGUAAUGUCACGGUUUGCCUCUGCAGUAACCCAUUUGCAGGAAUAAAGAUCCUUUAUCCAGAGUUCAAAAAAGAUUUAAUAAACAAAACCUCCUCCACUGACUGUGGGAACCAAAAACCAAAACCAAACUCAAUCCAUACAAGUACAACUCAGCAAAGACAACUCCACACUGAUGACUGGCAGCAGUGGCCUGAAAUAGGGUGAGGGCAAUCAAGAUGAUGUGGUUCAGCUGCAGCACUCCAGGAGGUUCACAGGGAAGGGGAGGAUUCCUGAGAGGAGCUGCAGCUGACCUGAACAAAAAACAACAGAGAAAAAGUUAAACACAAACACAAAAAGGGGUGAAUCAUAACACUUCGUGUGCGCAGAAUUAUGCUUAGCAUUAGUCCGAUGCUGAAGGCUUCUGAACACGGACAGCUCUCACUCACACCACAGGUUUUCAAUAAUAUUCAGGUCUGGGGACUGAGAUGGCCAUUCCAGAAUGUUCUACUUGUUCCUCUGCAUGAAUGCCUUAGUAGAUGUUGAGCAGCAUUUAGGGUCAUUGUCUUGUUGAAAGAUCCAGCCCCGGUGCAGCUUCAGCUUUGUCACGGAUUCCUGGACAUUGUCUCCAGGAUCUGCUGAAAUUGAGUAGAAUCCGUGUGUCCUUAAACUUUAACAAGAUUCCCAGUCCCUGCACUGGCCACAAAGCCCCACAGCAUGAUGGGACCACCACCAUGUUUUACUGUAGGUAGCAGUGUUUUUCAUGGAUAAGCACCAUCAUACAUUGGUGGUCCUCUCAGUGUCUACACCCCUAGCAGGUCCCUGAGGUCCAGUGACCAAAGCGUAAUGGUUUACAAUGGUUGAUUUAUUAAAAAUUAAUAUUCCGAAUUAAUUCGUAGUAUGGUUCCUCUUUCAUAAAAGAGCCUAAAACCACAACGCUACAGUUGUGCAGUGCACCAGGCACUGCACAACCAUUCUUUAAGUCACAACUGAGGAACUCCUCAAGGUGCUUUACAACACAAUCAGUCAUUCACACACACAUUCACAACCUGGUGGUGAUGAGCUACUUUGUAGCCACAGCUGCUCUGGGGCACACUGACAGAGGCAUGUCUUCUGUACACAGGCGCCACCGGUCCCUUCGAACACCACCAGCAGGCAAAGUGGGUUAAGUGUCUUGCCCAAGGACACAACAACAAUGACAGACUGUGCGGGGCUCAAACCUACAACCCUGCGAUUAUGGGGCGAGCACUUAACUAAUUUGCCAUCAUCGCCUACAUAGAAAAGGUGACAGAUCAUUUGCUGCUGUGGCCCCCAGACUCUGGAACUCUCUCCCCAUGAGCCUGAGAUCAGUGGACUCAGUGGUCUCCUUUAAAAAGCAGCUGAAAACUCAACUGUUUAAGCUGGCUUUUGUUUGACCUUCAUCACCAUCUCCUUAUUCAGCUCUUUCUAACUACUCUGCCUUUCUUGGGGUCCACUGAUUUCCAUCCAUCCAUUUUCUUUUCAGUAAUUAAAGAGCAAGUCACCCCCUACAAGAAACUUACUUCACUCCCACUUCAGGUUUGAAAAAUGCAACAAAUGCUGUUGCCUGGCAGACCGAGAGGGUGAAGCCGCUAACAAAUAAACACACACAGGCUCACAAUGGCAUUGUGACAUCAUAAUGUACCAGCUAACAUCAUAGCAUGCCUCUUAGCCAAUAGCGGUGGCAGAUUUACAUUCAAAUACAGUGCAGAAUUUUUGCCCGACGACGGUGCAUCGCUGACAGUUUUAGGCAGAAUAUUUAAAGGGUUUUUAUGGAAGUUUGACAGCCAAAAUAUGUGUAGAAAUAAUAAAUUUCUUCUUCAUACAUUCUCCUGCAAUGCCCUGGUCCCGUAGAAUGAGCCCUGGCAUUUUUACUGUGAUUGCCUGUUUUUCUGUAAAAUCACAGAAAAAGAGAGCUGCUCGGGUCGAGCAGGCUGCUUCAUGCGCGUUCACGCUCAGACAUAGCCCUCCGAGUCAUUCUUUGAACGUUGUUUCAGCUGUGAUCAAGGAUAUAAAUGUUACAGAUAGAAAGAAUGUCACUGGCACUCUAGCUCGCCUAGUAAGAUGUCGGACUUACGUGCAGAGGAUCUGGGUUCGAUUCUGGAUCAAGCCCCCACAAUGCGGGUGAAAAACUGAAGCAAUCCUGGAAGUGAAAUAAAUUGCAGUUGCACCCUCAUCCGCUGGGGGCUGGUGUCAGAAGCGAGCAAAUCCUCAUUGACUCCCAUGUUAAAAAUACCAAUUUUCACAGCAGAAAUAAACAUGUUUACAGCCUGGUACCAAAACAUGUUUUUGGUUUAAAUUAUCUAGUUUACACUCAUGACAACUCUGAGGGGGGUGGAUUUUUUUCUCACUCUUCUGUUUAAGUGUAUUAAAAGCCUAAAAUUCUGUAUAAUUAAUGAGCAUCAGACCUACGUGACCGCAGAGCUAGCUCUGGGGAAAGGCCUCAGUCUGAUUGGACAAAAUUACUUGCUAUGGCAUUAAUUGCACUAAUAGAGCGUCCAAGGAGUCUCCACUUCAUUUUUUUCAGUAAGUAAAGUUAUAUUUAUGUAUUUUAGGUCACUGCCGCUCUUGCACUAGCUGAGAUUAGAUUUUAACAUGUACUGUUUAACCAUGAAAUUUAAAUGUAAUAGGGUAAAACCCAGUGCAUUUAACAUAAUGCUGCACUUUAGAAAAUGGGUUGAAAUAGAACAUGUUGGUGGAGCUGGGUUCCGACUAUCGGCUUGUGGAGCUCUCGGGAGACCAAUGUUUUCCACCCAUUUCUCCCCUCCCCGCAGCUCGGCGCAUCUCUGUCUGAUCGCCGCUUCUGUCUGCUGCGCAGCUGCCGGCUUUCAGCAGCUUUUGGGAGACCUCUGUGUUCUACCCGGUUUUACCCAGCGGUCAGCCCGGUGUAUCUCUGACUCAGAAGCUCUGGUGUUGUGCACAGUUACCUCCGGUUGUAGCUAGGUUGCUACCUCCGUUAGCUUAGCUCCCACCUCCGCGUUAGCUUUGGGUUAGCUUCAGGUUAGCUUGUAUCUAGUUUGACCGGGUGUCGUCAGUUGAUCCCAGCCUUACAGCCCCACCCUCAGCUCCACCUCUCUUCCCUUUUGUGGAAUUGUCUGGGCUUGACGGAACCUGUGACACAGUCAAAAUGGCGGUGGUGGCCACUCCCAUUUUAGCACAAAAACUUAUUAUUGGAGUGUAUGGUAACCCAUUGUCCAAUAUUUAUAUGUCGAUGGUUCUGCAUCAUGGGAGUGUGUGUCUGUGUCCAGAUGAGAGGAGCUGGAACUCAUGGUGUUGUGGAUGAGAGCUGUCACAUGGAUCCAGCCUCUGUACUUGUCUUCAAAACAAUGUGACAGGGCUCAGCUGCUGCUCUUCUUGUCUUACUAGACCACUGCUGCCCUUGCUUAUGACAGAAUGAGAUUUACCCUUUUAAAGACAGUCUCACAGUUUGCCUCGAAUGUCAGUUUGCGGUCAAUAACUGCCAUUUGUCCUGUACAUCACCGGCAGUGUGUGAGUGUGAAAGUGCAUGAAUAAUGGUGAGCACUUUGACUGCCUAGAACAACGCCAUGUAAAUCAAAUCCAUUACUAUAAUAAUAAUAAUAAUAAUAAUAUUAUUAGGUAUUUGUACUCAACUCUUUCCACUUUGGACCUUUAAUGGUUGUUAAUUCUUAUGGAUGUUAAUCAGGCUCAUGAUGGAGGUGUUAAUAGAGAUAAACCUCCUUAAACAGUUUGGUUUUGAUGGGAUAGCAGACAUGUUGAUGGUUUAGAUGAAGCUUUGUCAUCUGAUAAAGACCAAUAGGACAGAAACAUAAACCAGGUUCUUCUGUUGCUUCUAAAUCUGUCUAACUUGUUAAUGAUGAGUAAUAACAGUGGAGGAUGAUGGGAAUUUAGUGUCUACUUGAGGUUAUUUUAAUUAUGAAGGAUUUUAUGACAUCAUCCCUCCUGAUGGCUGUAGGGAUACGUGGCUCAACAGAGGCAGGACCCUCCACCAGUCUGGCUAUAGAAAAGAAAAGAAAAAAACCCGAGUUGUUCUUGUUCUUCUCUAUUACGUAUUAAUGAAUUAUACUCAGCUCCAGCUCAGCAGAGAAAGUUCUCGUUAAUAACAAGCUGUCUCUCUAGCUUAAAUAAAAUUCUUUAUGGAACGCUAUUUUCUCUGUAACUUUCUUUAAGUCUGUUUUGAAAUGUACAGCAAUGAAUUAAACCAGGGCGCCUCCUGCGCCUUGUGAUUUUAUCUUGAGAGACGCUAUAAAAAAAUCUUUUCUUCUUCCUCUGACCGAUCACCAACAGAAUCAGAGCCUGUAAAGUUAGUCUGGAACCUCCGCUGCAACAAGAUAAUAGAUUUUUGAAAAGGUCAAAUUCCAGUUGAUGUCCUCUAUUGGUUCUCACUCAUCUCCCUUGUCUCUGGUGGAUGGAUCUAUAUCUCUGGUAUACUGCACCUUCUACACUGUAACUGCUCACACCCUUUAAAUUAGUAUUUUUUCUGAUUCUUAAAUCUGAAAUUAAUUUGUGCAUUUUAAAGGUGUGGUUUCCUUUUUUAAUUAUUAUUUCAAUAACUCUGAGAUUUUCAUGCAGGCUGAACAUGAAAAUAAUCUAAUUUAGUGAUGACAAGAUGAAGACCCAAAGGAAGGGUGAAUCAGAAACUCACCUGAUAUCAAAAAACAACCCUAGUUAACGUGUGUUUUCAUCCAACACUUCUAACCCUGGAUUAGAACUAAUGGAUGAGGUGAAAUGUCUUAAAGUAGUGGCUUUUUAAACGAUCCCUUCUCUAGGAUCACAGAUAUGGUUAGGCUACUUAGUGCCAAUCUGUUUUCAGACAUGUUUGUAGUUCUUUGCAUGAAUCUCAGCUCAGUUUGUAGAAGACCAGUUAGUAACUAUUUCCUUCUUCAUGUCUCCUUUUUAGGCAUAAGAAGUGGAAACAACAUUGGACAGUUAAUUGUCCACCGUCUUCUGUGAUUUUCCAGUUUUGAGGCUCUGGAUUAUUUAUGAAAAUUAAAAGUCAUUCACAAGUAUUUUAUUUUUCUUAUUUUCUUUUCAGAUUAAUUUUAUGCUGGAGGCUGAAAUUUGUGACAAGGCUGCUUGGAGGCCAUCAGCACCUAAAAAACAACAUGGCGGACACCAUGAAUGCGUUGCCGUUCUUCUACGGCAACAUCACAAGGGAAGAGGCGGAGGUCUACCUGCGGCAGUCAGGCUUGACCAGUGGCUUGUAUCUGUUACGACAAAGCCGAAACUAUCUAGGCGGCUUUGCGCUCUCUGUUUCAUUCUCAGGCCGCAUCUAUCACUACACCAUUGAACGACAACCCAAUGAGACGUUUGCGAUUGCUGGUGGUAAGAGCCACAGAACCCCCAUGGAUGUGAUUGACUACCAUUCCCAGGAGAUGGAUGGUCUUGUGUGUCUGCUGAAGAAGCCCUGCAACAGGCCCAAGAACAUGCAGCCAAAGGUGGGGCCGUUUGAGGACUUGAAAGACAAACUCAUCCGGCAGUAUGUAAAGCAGACCUGGAACCUGCAGGGAGCAGCUCUUGAGCAGGCCAUCAUCAGCCAGAGACCUCAGCUUGAGAAACUCAUAGCCACCACUGCUCAUGAACGAAUGCCCUGGUUCCACGGAGCAAUAACCCGGGAGGAAUCUGAGCCACGGCUCCAGUGCGGCUCCCGCACAAAUGGAAAGUUCCUGAUCAGACAGAGAGAUCAGAACGGCUCGUAUGCUCUGUGUUUAUUACACGAAGGCCAAGUGAUGCAUUAUCGCAUCGACAAGGACAGUCAUCAAAAGCUGUCCAUCCCAGAUGGGAAGAAGUUUGACACCUUGUGGCAGCUGGUGGAGCACUACUCAUACAAGCCUGAUGGCUUGCUGCGAGUCCUUACAGAUCCGUGUCCGAGGCCGGACGGAGACUCAGUGUUAAUAGGACGACUGCCCCCACCACCACCAAACCCUGCUGGAUUAGACUCUGUCAUUAAAAAAAUAGCAGAUAGAAUUGUGAUCACGUUGGGAGAAAAAGCCCCCAUACUGAGAAGGAAAAAGAGUCAUAGCUCUCGACGCGACUCUGAUAACCUCAAUCCUUAUGAAACAAGUGUGUGUGACAACCAAGCAGUCGACAAAGAGGCAAUGCCAAUGGACACAAAGGUGUAUGAGAGUCCUUACGCAGAUCCAGAUGAACUCAGGAGCUCCACUGUGGAUCGCAAGCAGCUCUUCUUGGAGGAUGGAGAACUGGGCUCUGGGAACUUUGGCACUGUUAUCAAAGGGACCUACAAGAUGAGAAGAACAGAGAAACCAGUUGCUGUUAAAAUUCUGAAGAACGAUGAUAACAGCCCAGCUGUGCGUGAAGAAAUGCUGCGAGAAGCCAGCGUCAUGCAACAGCUGGACAACCCCUACAUCGUCAGGAUGAUCGGGAUCUGUGAAGCGGAGAACCUCAUGUUGGUCAUGGAGUUGGCUGAGUUGGGACCGCUCAACAAGUUCCUGCAGAAAAACAAACACACAUCUGUAAAGAACAUCACAGAGCUGGUCCAUCAGGUUUCCAUGGGGAUGAAGUACCUGGAGGAGCAUAACUUUGUGCACAGAGACCUUGCUGCUAGGAAUGUCCUGCUGGUCACGCAGCAUUAUGCAAAGAUCAGUGACUUUGGACUCUCUAAAGCUGUGGCAGAGGAGCAAAACUACUACAAGGCUAAGACUCACGGGAAAUGGCCAGUGAAAUGGUACGCUCCAGAAUGUAUAAACUUCUUCAAAUUUUCUACCAAAAGUGACGUGUGGAGCUUCGGAGUCCUCAUGUGGGAGGCCUUUUCCUUUGGCCAAAAACCAUACAAGGGAAUGAAAGGAACAGAUGUUCUGCAGAUGAUUGAAAGUGGGAAGCGAAUGGACCCCCCAGCGAACUGCCCUCCAGAGAUGUUUGACCUCAUGAAAACAUGUUGGACCUACAAGGUGGAUGAAAGGCCAGGAUUUUCUGUGGUUGAGCCAAGACUACGAGAGUAUUACUAUGACAUCGCACAGUGAUCCUUCACAGUGAAGCUAUCAGGCUAUGCAAACUUUUAGUUUUUGAAACAAUUUUUCAUAAAUGUCAUCAUAAAUGUCUUAGGAAUUAUAAAUCUUGUCAUAUUUAUGAACCUAACUCUAAAAUUUACUCAGAAUCUUAGUAAAUAUUUGUGGAUUCUGAUGGAGAAAAAGCUCUGCAUAAUGCUGUGUUUCUGCAUGCGUGUGUGUGUGUGUGUGUGUGUGUGUGUGAAAGAGAGACUGGAUGAGUGUUGCCUUUAGUUUAAAAGGCAACAUCAGAAGACUAGAAAAUCUGCUCCUUUUACCUAUCAGAUUAGUAUAAUUUGUAUCUUCUCACCCUUACUAUUGAAUGUAAUCAAAGAUGAAAUAUUUGUGAAUGUUUUUAUUGAGUAAGUUAAACAGCUAACGAGCGUUCUAAUUAGCUGUUAAUGCUUCCAGCUGAAUCUGUAAAAUGUGUUAAAGCUGUGCAACGAUGUCACUUUGUUAAAAUAAAAUAUGCUUCUGCUUCAGA